GAUGAGUCUGAACCAGGGACUUUACUCCGCCAGCGAGCUAGCCUGGAGCCUGAGGGAGACCGCUGCGACUGCGACCGCGCCGCUGGACAUCAACCUACAAAGACAUGACCACCAAUGCCAGCCCUUUGCACCCAUACUGGCCUCGGCACCUGAGGCUGGACAACUUUGUGCCCAAUGACUGCCCCACUUGGCAUCUCCUGGCUGGCCUCUUCUCUGUCUCUGGAGUCUUGGUUGUGACCACGUGGCUGUUGUCAGGUCGUGCUGCAGUUGUCCCCCUGGGGACUUGGCGGCGACUGUCCCUGUGCUGGUUUGCAGUAUGUGGGUUCAUUCACCUGGUGAUUGAGGGCUGGUUCAGCCUCUACCACGAAGAUCUUCUUGAAGACCAAGCUUUCUUGUCCCAACUCUGGAAAGAGUAUGCCAAGGGAGACAGCCGAUAUAUCCUGAGUGACAACUUCACGAUAUGCAUGGAAACCAUCACAGCUUGCCUAUGGGGACCACUCAGCCUAUGGGUUGUGAUCGCCUUUCUCCGCCAGCAGCCCCUCCGCUUUGUCUUACAGCUCGUGGUCUCUGUAGGUCAGAUCUACGGGGAUGUGCUCUAUUUCCUGACAGAGCACCGGGACGGAUUCCAGCAUGGGGAGCUGGGCCAUCCACUCUACUUCUGGUUUUACUUUGUCUUCAUGAAUGCUCUGUGGCUGGUGCUACCUGGAAUCCUCGUGCUUGAUUCUGUAAAGCAGCUCGCUCAUGCCCAGAGCAUGCUGGAUGCCAAAGCCACAAAAGGCAAGAGCAAGCAGAACUAAUAUAAGCCAAGCUCAAACACUGGCUGAUGAGGAACCCUCCACCAGUCAGAAGAGUCCAGUCCUUACUCCCACAGGUUGGAGGCACAAAAUGAAUUGAUCUGGCAAAUGCCUGCUGAUGGGUAAGCACCAGAAGGGCCAGAGGCAGAGGCAAGAAAGGAGGUGUGUGGAGCUACUGCCAGGAAGCACUGGGACAAAGGUACAGAGGAACCUAGGCAGUCCAUGAUGAUGGCAGUUUUUAGAAUCAGGAAAUAAAAGAUAUGGACCCUAACACUGAGAGAUCUUUAAUUAUUAACCCCAGAGAUGCCCUGUGACUGACCCCACAAACCCUUCCAUCACUCAUUCAUUUCACAGAUAACCGUUCUCUCAGCCAUAGACCCCCCAUCAUCAUCACAGAGACCUCUAAUUUAUAACCUCACAAACCCCCUAUCACUGACCCCACAGCGUCCCUUGAUGGCUAAUUAGAUCCACGAGACACCCAUUAUCUCUUUGAAGAAGUAAUCGUCCACUCACACCCUUGGUAUUCUCUCCAGAACACACUUUCUCAUCCUUUGCAAUAUGGACAGGCUGAGAACUUUCCAAAUCUCUAAGUUCUUCAAUUUAUUCAACCUCUUGUCUCCUGAUCAGGUACCCUACAGACACCCCAUCAAUAACUCCACAGAUCUUUCCUCACUCACCUCAAACAAUCCCCAUUACUCACUCCAAAGACCCCACCAUCAUUCACCCCACAGACUCACCUAUUUCUACCCUAAAGAUCUCCAUCACUCACCCCAGAGACCCCACAAAACUCACACAAGACCCAUCACUCACUUCACAUAACUUACCCCAACAGACCUCCAGUCAUGUACCCUACAACCCCAUGACUGACCCCACAGACCCUCUCACUCUUCCCACAAAUUCCCUAUCAUUUACCCUAUAGGGUGUCAUUACUUACCCUACAAAGCCCCGUAACUCACCUUGCAGAAUUUAUCACCUCAUACCCCACAGAUCCCCAAUUACCCCACAGAUCUUCCAUCACUCACCCCACAUCCUGUCAUCCUACAAACCACCUAUGACGUACCCACAGAUACCCCUCUCCCUACAGACCUGCCCCCAUCACUUCUCCCACAAUUUCUCUCAUUAACCUCAUAGACCUUGAGUCAUAAAACAAACAGGUACUUGAGGGAUUUGGGGGAGAUGACAAAGGAUGAAAAAACUACAGAUAUCCGUAGACUGGCUCCUGGUGACCUGUGCAGAGCAGGACUUCAGAUCAAUUCCUGGUUCUACUCAAGCCUACAGUGUAGCUUUUGACAAAUGCCUCAACGCUAAAGCCAGACACAGCCCACCUUUUGUCCAUUGCACUUACCCUCUGUGCCACUUACUAUCCCUUUGACCUUGAGCAUGAUUCUCCCUGACCUUCAGUGCUCUUCAUCUGUAAAAUUCUAAUAAUAGUACCUCCCUCAUAAGGUUUUUAUGCAGAUUAAAUCAAUUACUACAUGUA